GGAGUAGGAGGAGGAGGAAGAGGAGGAGGAGGAGGAAGAGGAGGAGGAGGAAGAGGAGGAGGAGGAGGAGAAAGUUGAGUAGUAGGGGGAGGUAGAGGGGAGGAUGGGUGUGGCACUGGAUUACACUGGCAACCUCGCCCUGUCCUCCAUCAGAGCUGUGGGGGAAAGCACUCGUAUUCAUCAACGAAGAAACACGGAAGUUUCACACCUACUACACAAACCCACAUCUGUACUGAAGAGGGCCGGGAUCGGGGAGGACCUGAGGAGGUCGGGGUCAGUACUCAAGAGGUCGGGGUCGGUACCUGAAACGAAGGCCGAGUUGCAGACCGAGGAAUUGCCAGCUGUGCGGCGUGCGGUGAGGUUUCGUCCAUGCAUUGACAUUCAUAAGGGGAAGGUGAAACAGAUUGUUGGCUCUACAUUGAAGGACCUUCCGUCACACGAUGACGGAGACGGCACGGCAACUGCCGCAGCCAACGAGCAAGAGCCAGUGACAAAUUUUGAGUCUGAGAAGUCUUCCGCAGAAUACGCCAGACUUUAUGCCAAUGAUGGACUGGACGGUGGCCACGUCAUCAUGCUUGGAGCUGACUCCGCCAGUCAGACGGCCGCUCUCGGAGCACUUGCUGCUUAUCCCGGUGGCAUGCACGUCGGUGGAGGCAUCAAUGCCGAAAACGCCAGAGUGUACCUUGAUGCAGGCGCCAGUCACGUAAUAGUUACAUCUGAUGGAAAAUAUAUGGUCGUGACGGACAGGUGGCAGAAGUUUAGUGACGUGGCACUGAGUGCUGAGGCAUUGGAAGAUUUGGCGGCUUUUGCCGAUGAGUUCUUGGUACAUGGAGUCGACGUGGAAGGCAUGAAGCUUGGGAUCGACGAAGAGUUAGUGCGGCAGCUUGGACUCUGGUCACCGAUCCCCGUGACCUAUGCUGGCGGCGCACGAACACUCUCUGAUCUAGAACGCGUCAAAGAGGCUGGCGAUGGCACAGUAGAUAUAACGGUCGGGAGCGCAUUAGACAUCUUUGGUGGUCAGCUGCCAUACACAGAUGUUGUUGCAUGGCACCGACAGCAGCAGCAGCAGCAGCAACAUCAACUUCAACAUCAACAAGAUACAGAAAAGCAGAGUUCGAUGUCCUCAAACAGGUCCGGAUUCAGACAUUCAAUCGGAUGCUCUUUGCUAAUGGGACCAUGGCCCUGCUUAAGUGGUCCACAUGCGGAUAAGAGAAGAGAAGAGAAGAGAAGAGAAGAGAAGAGGAGAGGAGAGGAGCGGAGAGGAGAAGAGAAGAGAAGAGAAGAGAAGAGAAGAGAAGAGAAGAGAAGAGAAGAGAAGAGACGAGACGAGACGAGACGAGACGAGACGAGAGGAGAGGAGAGGAGAGGAGAGGAGAAGAGAGGAGAAGAGAGGAGAGGAGAAGAGAGGAGAGGGGAGAAGAGAGGAGAAGAGGGGAGAAGAGAGGAGAAGAGAGGAGAGGAGAAGAGAGGAGAGGAGAAGAGAGGAGAGGAGAGGAGAAGAGAGGAGAGGAGAAGAGAGGAGAGGAGAGGAGAGGAGAAGAGAGGAGAAGAGAGGAGAAGAGAAGAGAGGAGAAGAGAGGAGAAGAGCAGAGAAGAGCAGAGAAGAGGAGAGGAGAGGAGAGGAGAGGAGAGGAGAGGAGAGGAGAGGAGAAGAGAGGAGAAGAGAGGAGAAGAGGAGAGGAGAGGAGAGGAGAGGAGAGGAGAGAAGAGGAGAAGAGAGGAGAGGAGAAAAGAGGAGAGGAGAGGAGAGGAGAAGAGAAGAGAGGAGAAGAGAAGAGAGGAGAAGAGAAGAGAAGAGAAGAGAAGAGAAGAGAGAAGAGAAGAGAAGAGAAGAGAAGAGAAGAGGGGACUGUGGUGAACAUAGACAGCAGCAGCGGGUAAUAAUUAUAACUGGAUGGGUGUGACUUUCUAGA